GCUACCACAUUGCAGGGAGUCAAUGAUAAUUGCAUAAGUGACAUAAGGAAGUCUUGAGAAGCAAUGGGUGGUGCUUGUGAAAAGGGGGAGGUACGGAUGGUUCAGUUUGAACCAAUCUGAGCGUAAAUCGCUGCAGUGUCUACACCAAGUGGCGGCAUCAGCUGUGUCGGUAAAAGAGGGAGUUUACCCUGGUUUCGCUGUGACCGUACGGGUAGGGGAGGCUCACUCAGUCAGCGUUCCCUUCUGAGCUGCACCCUUGGAGGAUGGAUCAGACUCUCGCCCAUAAACGAGCGCUGGUUACGGGCGCUGGGAAAGGCAUUGGAAGAGCCACUGCUAAGGCCCUACUAGAAUGUGGUGCAGAAGUUAUUGCGUUAAGCAGGACACAAUCUGACUUGGAUAGCCUUGUUCAGGAGUGCCCUAAGAUGUUGACUAUUUGUGUGGACAUCAGUAACUGGGAAGCCACCGAAAAUGCUCUGAAGGAUGUAGGCCGUAUAGACCUUUUAGUGAACAAUGCUGCAGUUGCCAUUUUGCAGCCCUUCCUAAGUGUCACAGAGGAUGCAUUUGAUAAAGUGUUUGAUGUUAAUGUGAAAGCACUAAUGCAUGUUGCACAGAUAAUUGCAAAGGGGAUGAUGUGUCGUGGAGAAGGUGGUUCUAUUGUGAACAUCUCCAGCCAGGCAUCCAAGUGUGCUUUGAGAGAUCAUGCUGUAUACUGUGCCUCAAAAGGAGCUGUGGACAUGUUAACAAAAGUGAUGGCACUUGAGUUGGGACCACACAAGAUCCGAACGAAUGCAAUAAAUCCCACCGUAGUGAUGACUGCAAUGGGUCGGAUUGGAUGGAGUGACCCAGCAAAAGCUGCAGGAAUGUUGUCUCGUAUCCCAUUGCAUAGGUUUGCAGAGGAAGAAGAUGUGGUGAAUACAAUAAUUUUCCUCCUCAGUGACAGAAGUGCAAUGAUAAAUGGAGUGACUCUACCUGUGGAUGGAGGAUUUCUUUCUUCAUGAAUUAGUCUUUUUAGUGAAAUUGGUAAAAUAGUCCUCACAAUGUUGCUAAGGAUGUGUCUUGUAAUAGCUGGUUCAUUUAAAAACCUUUAUCAGAUUAGCUCAUCAGUGAAGUCCUUCAUUUUAUUAGCUGCUGUAUUACAUAAUCCACACAAAUCUAGUUUAUGCCUUGAUUAUAGUCCACUGUUACCAUCUUCAGCCAGUGCCAAUUGUUAGUAGGGAGAGUGGAGAUUUCCUUGCUACUUUUUGAAGUGUAAUUUCAGGUGUCAAAAGAGCAGAUCUUGAUCGAUAACCUCUUUAAUACUGACCCAUAUUGGUCAUUCAAAGUCAAACGAUACUAUAGAAAGCCUUCCAUGGAGAAAAUUGCUGAGAGGUUUCAAACUUUGUUCAAUAGUCAUGACCCUAUGAGCUUUGGCUGUUCUGUUAGAGAUCAACCAUUUUUGUCAAAUUUUGAUUUUAAAUGGGGAAACUUUGGUGCUGGUUUAAUGCGUAUAUAGACCACAAGUCCCAUUUACUUGGGUGACCUACUCAAAACAACAGGUUCCUUUUAGUUGUUCUAUUGGCAAAGUAAAGACUAUACUCAACCAGCCCAUCCUUGCAGAAACUCAAAACAAACUCUCUACUGUUGAUGUUCUGAAAUUGUUGAAUUUGCUGAACAACACUAAGUGGGCUAACCGCUAAAUUACCAGUUGAUCUCAUCAUGUGACUCAUCUGUGCUUGCAAGAAGUUUAUAUAUUUAAUACAUUAGCAGCUAUUUGUUGCAAACCAAAUGAGUAUGUUUCAAGCUUUCAUUUUCAUUUACCAGUAAGUUUGGGCUCUGUAUAGUUCCCUGUUGGCUGGGUUAUUUCUCCAUGCCAGCAGUCAACUUGCUAACCAGUCAGCGCCCUUUCCUCCUGUAGUAAAUGUCAUUGCUUUUUUUGUAUUCUUUCAUUUGUUGUCAUGUUUAAGGUAAAAUACUUGGUCUCUUUUAAGCAUCAUAACUAGGAAAUUUGAAAGCUCCUAUCAAAUUCCAGGUUUGACCUGAAGUAGUAGCUGUAUGUGCUUUCUGACCAAAACCAAGAUGUGUUUUUUAAAGUUAAAAUGUUCUACAAACCUACCAAAUCAAAUCUGAAAGUCACUGCUCUCUACAUGGUAUUUAAAGCUGCAGUAAUGUUGUGUGCAUGACAUGAUUUCUAAGGUUCCUAAAUGUCAGGAGUAAGUAAAUUCUGCACAAUUUUUUUAAAAAGUUGAGAACUGCAGAUGCUGAAAUUACCUGACAAUUUGAAUAACAAACCUACCUGGCACACUGAAUUUACAGCAAAUUGAAUAAAAGUCCAUUUCAUCUUUCAUUAAAAAUUAAUGCAAAUACUGGGUUGCCAGAAAUCAGAAACAAAUGGAAUAUUAGAAACUCAGCAGGUCUGACAGCAUUUGUGCAGCAAGAAAAUUGGAAGAUGUGAGGGCAGUAGUACCAGAAAUAGGCUGGACAAGGCUGAGGGUCAUGUCAACCACUAAUGGGGGGGAGGUGAUUGGCAAGGAAGAUAAUCUUUGAUUUUUAGAUGGGUGUGGGGUUAUGUUGGAGGCAGUCACUGAAAGGUGGCAUAAUUGGAACAAAUAUGACUGAUGGAGAAACUGGGAGAAAGUGAGGACUGCAGAUGCUGGAGACCAGAGUUGAAAAAUGUGAUGCUGGAAAAACA